AUGUCUGCGGAACGUUCCUUUUAUAUCGAUAAAUUUUCAGCACAUUCAAUUGUAAAGGUACGUGAGGACGUGAUGAGUGAGGAAGAGCUAAAGCAGAAGGCACAACGGGAUCUACAAACGGCCAAGGACCCCAUUGAACGUCUACGCUUGCAAUGUCUCGUUCGUGGAAAUGCUGGCAUCAAAUCGCUGGGCAGAUCAUUCCGUAUCAUGGACGACAAUGAAAACAAAACACUGGAUUUGGAGGAAUUUCGAAAGGGACUUCGAGAUUUUGGCGUUACAAUGGACGAAGAGGAAGUGGAGAAAACUUUCAAGCAAUUAGACACUAACAACUCCGGCUCAAUUGAUUUCAACGAGUUUCUACUCGCCCUUAGGGUAGUUACGUUCUAA